UCAAAAUCUAGCAGGAGAUGGAAAAUGCUGCAGACAGUCUUCUCUAUUUCAGUCCCUUGCUUGCUCAUUCUUUCAGUCACUGAAGGCACUUUAAAGGCAGAAGCAUCUCCAGUAAAAAGGCUUAAUUCUUUGUAGGUUGUGAAGCGUUAGGUUUUGGCUUAAUUUUACUUCUGGAUAAUUCUUCAGAUAAUGGGUUCAGUAUGGUAGCUGUAUGUAAAUACUGCUUUGCAAUAGCUAUUGUGAGAACAGUGAUCGUUAUUUCUCCUUUUUUAAGUUUAACUUUGGUAAAAUUGAUUGUGGCAUUUGUAAUUCGGUUGAUUAAAGUUGGAAUAGCACAGGUUGAGAUAACUUCUGCAAAUUCUCAACGGGAAUGAAUUUUGUGGUUUUCGAGAAGAACGUGUUGAAGUUCAAGCAAUUAUUGAACAUAGGCUGAAUGGUUGUUAACCUAAACUGAAUGGUAGUUUUGUAUGUUUGUGGGUGCUGAAUGUUUUAACAUGUAUCAAAAAAACAUCAAAAUCCCUUCUACCAGAGAGCAGGCAGCUACAUUUUGUACAGACGAGGCAAUUUCUGAUGACUUGUUGGAAAAUAGGCAGUCUAGGUUGGUAUUCAGUGAGUAUUCAGCUGUAAUGACAGAUUCAGAGGUGAAGUUCUUUUCUUUAUCAGUCUUCAUUUAAAAUUAUUUUGUGCUUGGUAUUUGUGGGUGACCAUGCUAGUGGGAGCUUCUGGGCUCCUUGAGGAGCUUUUUCUUAUCUGCCACGUUAGACUUACUAGAUUUCCGUGGAUUUGUGGAAGACUUCCAGAUCUGCGUCAGACAGUAGAAGGAAACUUCUGCCCUUCCACUGUGCCUUCUCUCCCCCGUGUUUCAAUUUAACAUAUCUUGAUGCUGGGACGGCAGUGUCAUAAUGAAUGUAUCUGUCACUCUCAACCAAAUGAAUACAUUUCCUUAAUCUCAGGAAGUGCUUGAGGUUAAGACCACAGGUGCAAGGCUGGUGCUGUGUUUUUGCAUUAAGCUGCUGAAAUGAGCUGUUCAGCCCCAGCUUACACCAACCAAAAAAAGCAGUUGCUACAGUUUAUUCUUGCCUUUGUUCCUUUGUCUUCCUUGCAUCCCCCUGUAAUCAAAAUCAGCUGUGAAGGCAAAAAGCUAGUUUUGUAUUGCAUUGGAACUUUUGCUUUAAAACAAAAAAAGUGCGCUUCUCUCAGUUAUGUUCCUGACCACAACUAUUCCAGGAGAAAGUGCUGGCUGGAAAGAGUUAAGGGUCUUUUCCCAGAUAGAUGUAGAAGUACCGGUUGUUGCAGGUCUGUUAGGGUUUUUCUAUUAAAAAUAAGGACUGUGGUAGAUAAGUGCAUCAAAAGUCUUAGCAGGAUUACUGUAAAAGUUCCUUGAACACUAGAUUGCGAAGGUGUACUUCAAAGGUCUUCCCCUGAAAGGAGCAUGUUGUAGAAGGUACUUCAUUAUUGAAAACAGGAUGCUAAUAACUUAAACAGAAAGUGAACAAAAGUGUAUUUAAUCUGAAAAUAAGGUGUAAUUGUAAUGACCAGAGGAGGGGUUGGGCAAAUUUUGUAAAUUAAAUCAGAUUUGAACUCAGAUGAAUUGUCUUAAUACAAACUGUGUAUUGUGAAUGACUGUAAGCUUGACGCAGGAGUCGUGGGUAAAAUAUUUUCUGCUCUACUUACACUUGGGAAAAUGGUUGCCUUAAUUAUUCUUUAUGAACCUGAAUUUUGAAAUAGCAGCUGUAGUUGUUUGCUUUGAAAAGCAAUAGUAAGGAAGCUUUUGUAGCUGAUCUCCAGCUAGUCAUAAAGAUUACAAUUUUUUAACGGCUGUAGUGUGGUCAUCUAACAAUUUUGUAGCUUGUGUAUUUUUAACUUAUUCCUCAGGUGCUUUUUGAGAACCUUCUGACUCUCUGUAGCUCACACGUGCUUGAGUGACUGUGCUUGCCUGGGCAGUAUCUGUGUAUGUGUUUGGGUCAUUGCGUACAGACUGGAGAACUUCUUGUGCCUGCUUUGGGCUGUUUCAUGUGGUGUAUUAAAAGCAGCAGCAUUGAUACGCUGUUGUUUUGUUGUUGUUGUUUUUUCCACUGGUUUAGGUGAUCAGCACUGGCAAUGCACCAGCCUUAGGUCGUAUUUACUGAUUAGUGAGAUUUGCUUGAGCUUCUCCACAUUGAAGUCCACCUGUUUUUCUUUGGUAUUAUUGGCGUGCCUGUGAGGUAUUGUCUGUCUUUGCCUGUGCUGGGUGCUUCCUGCUGCCCCUUCUCAGCCCGUACAGAACAGGCUGGCAGUGUAUCAGUGGUCAGAAGCACAGCAUUUGUGCAGUGGCCCUUUCACUGCUGUGGGCCACUCCCCUCCUUGGUGAGGCCUCGAGGUGAGCACAAUAUUCUCACUGGCUUCAGAGUCUCCUUGGGCCCUAUCUUUGUUACCUGGUGGUGGAGAGCCACUUUCUUUACAGCUGCUUUCCUGAUAAUGGGAAUUAAGACAAAAAAAAUCAGAGGUAAAACAUUUGUGAUUUUGAAAUCUUUGCCUUUCCCUCAGGGACCCUGGGGAGCUACCUCUCUUGGAUCUGCUGGGAAAGAAUUCCAGGUGCUCAGUUAUUUCAAAUGUCAACACCCUUGAAAUGAGAAGUAGCUGUUAAGAUUGGGCUGUUUGUGCUGUAGUGAGAGGAGUCCUCCUUGACAGCAGAAGGACCUUCGAUGGGGAAGUGUUGGCUGGGCAGUGCGGGUUUGGUUGCUUUAAGCACAGUGAGUCUCAGUGCUGUCAGUCAUCUAGGCUACAGCUGGUGAGUCCCACUGCAGGUUGCUUACCUGCCUCAAAACGUGUGUGUGCCACUGCAGUGCUGUCGGCCAUGUGGCAGGGCUCUAAGUACAGUGGUUACUAAAUCCUUAACAGGGGAGUUAAGCUUUAAAGGGCCUGCAGAAAAGCAGCGGGCUGUGGUGGCCAGCCCAUCAGUCCUUCUGCAGUUUGCUUCCUGGUGAAACUUCUGGCACCUGCCCUUCAGCUGGACAGUAUCCUCAUUGUGAUGGUCUGUUUUCUCUCUUCCCUCCUCUUUCCCUCUGUGCCAGAUGUAGAUAAAUGAUAACCCCGCGUUUUUUCUAAGUGUACUCUUAUGAGCUCCCUGUGAGCCAAAAAAGUACUUACAUUCAAGAGUACUUGUAUUGAAUCUUUGUCAAAGGAGUAGAUCAUCUCCAGGUAGGCAACGAAGGAGAAGGUUUGCCAUUUUAUGCAGCAAUACAAAGUGCUUGGUCCGAUGUAAGGUGUUGCCAUGCAAAAGCUGCAGCAGCAUGGCGUGGGCUGUGCCUGCUGAGUUACUGUGUCCAGCUGUCUGGGCUUGGUCCUGUGGUGCAGAGGUGCUGUGCAGUUGAAUAAGAAAUGAUUAAAACUGUGUGGAGAACAGUUAUUGCUAGUGAUAGACCAGUUGCAGUUUUCAGAAGAUAAGAGGAUUGUUGCAACGGUGAGAUGAGUUUGCCAGGUGGCAGGAUCUUUGUAUAGAAAAAUUGCUUGCAGUGGGAAAUAUGUUAGGCUGGGACUGACUCUCGCCAGCCAAACUACACAGGCUUUCUGAGAUGCCUGUUUUAGCGCUGAUCUUAGUGCUUGGUAGUGUGAAGCUGCAUAAACCUCCUUCCCCUUUUCUGAAAGGCGUUUUGGCUCUUCAUGCAUGCAAGGUUUAUUUUGUGAGUUUUUAACUGUACUUGCUACUGAGCCUUCUGUUACAUUUAGAAGGGCUUCACUGCUGUUUGAAAACAAUGCUUCUGCUUCUCUAGGCACGGGAAUUAUCUCUUUAUAAACUUGAAUUUUUUUAUUAUUACUAUUUUUGGGGGAGGAGUAUGACGUAUUUGAGAAAGGAAUGUAUCUUUUCAAUAAUAUGGCAGAAAGGUUAGAGUUUUAUGUGGUAAUUAAGAAGUGAUCCUGUGGCUUGCGGAAGGAGCUUGGAGACUUGUCUUCUGCUGGUUUAUAUUGCCUACAAAGACUUGGCAGACGUCUCUUUCCUUACUCUCUGCCUUUGUAUUUCAGACAGAUGGCUUUGCGACAGAGGCUGACUGGGGAACUAAGAUUCAAAAAAGCUGCCACGUGUGAACCAAGUUAGGAGAGGAAUCCUAGGCAGUAUGUGAGGACACAUAUCUCUUUCAGAAUUAAUUCUGGUGAUGGAUUCAUGAGUUUAGUCUAGAGAUGAGUGUCUUGUGCUGUAAAGCUAUAUUCUCCUUGUCUGCACUGGUAGUAACCAGUUCUGCAGAGAUGCUGUACCUCGAUGCAUUCUUGUUUUAUACAGCUUCAGUAACUUUCAGUCUCUUCCAUUUUUCAUGUAGUCUGGUACCUCCAACUAGGAAGUGAUAAGUUUCCUUAUGUAGUUCUUUUGAAGAAUCAUAAGCAAAACUGAAAAUAGAGCAGUUGAUCUGGUAUUAAUCAACCUAUAUGAAAGCAAAGUAGGUGAUGAUUUUAAAAUGGUCCAGCUAGCCUUAAAAUUAUAGUUAACUUUUUCAAAGGAAAAAUGAAGAAUUGGUAAGACCAUGUAUUAAAGCCUUCCAACACUUAAUUUCAGGAACGUUGAUUGUUUUUAUGAAGGUCAGAAAAACUUUGAUUUCUAACCAUUUACUCUCUAUGCUUUGUUCUCUGUUCAAGGAACAUAAAGUAGCUGAGUUUGAAAGCACUAGCAGAAAAUGCGGAACUUCUCUUGUGCAACUUUUCUCCGCCGUUCUUAGUUUAAUGGUGUUUGUUUUAAUGUGGAAGUGGAUCUCAGAGCUUAAUGCAAAAAAAACAUACAAAGGAAAAAAGGAUGUCAAGCGUGGUCUUCCUUGAUUUUGAUGAAGGACCAUUGCAAGGAGCCAUGGACAUUUGUUGUGAGUUAUAACACCGUAAUUCAAAGAGUCUAGUAUAAAUGUACUUAAUGGACAGACCAGCAAAAUGGAUGAUAUAGAGAUAAAUACUGAAGUCACUGGUGCUAAAGAAGAAGAAGAAGAAAUCCUAUGUGAUUUCAUGUCUGAGGAAGAAGGUGGCAUUCCUGAAUCAGAAGAGAGUGACACAUUGUUUCAGAAGAACAAUACAUUGACUCUACCUGAGGAGCUAUCCAGGGACAGAUCUGAAAAAGCCUUAAGUGGAGGCCAGACUUCUCUAUUUAUACACACUGGUGCUCCUACUGUUUCUAGUGAAAACUUUAUCUUGUCUAGAGGAACUGCUGUUAAUGGACCAGUUUCACACUCCACCUCAACAAAAACUUCCAUUAUGAAUAAAGGCAGUGUUUCACUAACCACUGGACAGCCUGUAGGUCAUCAUACAGAUUCCUGCUCUACUUUGACAGUGGUUCAUGAUCUCCAGCUGCCUGCAAAGAGUACAACAGAAAAUUCAAAUCAGCACCAAGUUUUAUUUUUGUUACCUGAUGUAGCACAUGCUAAGAAUAUGACUCAUUCCAUUAAAAAUCUACCUACCUCUGCUUCAGUUGGUUGUGAUUCACAGAAAUCAGUAGGAAAUAGUGUAGACAGCACUUUAGUAGGCCAAGUAGAAGUUUGUGAGGAUGAUAAAAAUUUACUGGUAAAAGACGAUUGUGUCGAUGCAUUAACAGGCAUUUCCUCAGGUACAGGUGGUUUCAGAUCGGGAUGUGAACCCAGCUGGGAUCCACAAAAAGAGUUUAUACAGUUUCUUAUGACAAAUGAAGAAACAAUAGAGAAGUCUCCCAUUCACUGUAAAGUAGGUUUAGAAAAAAAGAGAAAAAGAAAAAUGGAUGUUAGUAAAAUAACACGCUAUACUGAAGACUGUUUUGGUGAUACUACUUAUAUUCCUAGUAAAUCAAAACUGCUAACCGUUGACUUCUUAGAACAGAAUGAGGAGCUACAAAUAGUAGAACCUCAGAAAUACUCAUUGAGUAAAGUAAAGCCUGAAUCCACAGAUGAAGAGCUGGAAGCUGUUGAUGCUAUCCAGCAGCUCAUUUAUAGUCCCACCGGUAGCUGUGCAGAGGAUGCUUCUCCUGUUCACAGUAGCACUUUUCUUUCCAAUACUUUAAAAAGUAAAUGUGAACAGAAUGACUCUGAAUCACCAUCUACCUUCAGUACUGAUGAACCAUCAUUUUAUCCCUGUACAAAGUGCAAUGUGAAUUUCAGGGAGAAGAAACAUCUGCAUAGGCAUAUGAUGUACCAUUUAGAUGGGAACAGUCAUUUCCGACAUCUCAAUGUCCCCAGGCCCUAUGCGUGUAGGGAAUGUGGAAGGACAUUUAGAGAUCGUAAUUCACUUCUUAAACACAUGAUAAUUCACCAAGAAAGAAGACAGAAACUGAUGGAAGAAAUCCGUGAGCUGAAAGAGCUUCAGGAUGAGGGUAGGAGUGCACGGUUACAGUGCCCGCAGUGUGUAUUUGGUACCAAUUGUCCCAAAACAUUUGUGCAACAUGCAAAGACCCAUGAAAAAGAUAAAAGAUACUAUUGCUGUGAGGAAUGCAAUUUCAUGGCUGUGACAGAAAAUGAACUUGAAUGCCAUCGAGGGAUUGCUCAUGGAGCAGUAGUCAAGUGUUCUGUUAUUGGUAAUGACAUGUCCCAGAGGAAGUCACAGAAGAAGGCAUCCAUGAAAGAUCCAUAUUUAGGAUCCUCAAAAAAGUCAUCAACGUACGUGUGUAAGAUGUGUCCAUUUACAACUUCAGCUAGAAGCAUUUUAAAAAAACAUAUGGAAUAUUUGCAUCCAGCAUCUUGCAUUGAUCCCUUUGGUAGCCAUCUUAGACUAGAAAAAAGAAAAGGCAGCAUAAUAGAAGAAUCUUUAGAUUUUGGUGGCAGGACAAAACAGUUGAUCAAACAAUCUUCUACGUUUCCAAAGAACUCGGUUUUAAAACAAGAUGUAAAACGAUCAUUUGGCUCUACUUCACAGUCCAGUAACUUCGGAAAACUUCACAAGAGACCCUACAGGAUACAGAAGGCUCGGAAAAGCGUUUCACAGUCAUCUAAACUUAACUCUGCUGAAAAAAAAGACAGCUAUGAAACAGAGGACGAAAGUUCAUGGGAUAAUGCUGAACUGUGUGAUUACACUACGCGGUCUGUGGAGGAUGAAUCUUACAGUGACAUUAAUCAGGAGCAUGUAAGCCUAUUCCCCAUAUUCAAAGGUAAAAUGGAAGAUCAUGAAGCUGGUGAUAAAUCUUCACUUAGUUAUGAGCAGAAUGAUGGCUUUUAUUUUGAGUAUUAUGAAGAUGCUGAGAGUAGUAACUUCCUGCAUGAUUUGCAUGAUGCACAGAAUUUAGAAAAUGUAGGAUCAGCAUUGCCAAAGCAUAAUUCAGUUUUCCAUUGGACUGAUUUGUCACUUGAAAAGAAGUCCUGCCCAUACUGCCCAGCAACAUUUGAAACAGGUGUUGGAUUGUCCAACCACGUCAGAGGACAUCUUCACAGAGCUGGAUUAAGCUAUGAAGCCCGUCAUGUUGUUUCACCAGAACAGAUAGCAACAAGUGACAAAAUGCAACAUUUUAAAAGAACUGGAACAGGAACUCCUGUUAAACGUGUUAGAAAAGCAAUUGAGAAAUCUGAAACUUCCUCUGAGCACACGUGUCAGCUUUGCGGAGGCUGGUUUGAUACUAAAAUUGGAUUGUCAAAUCAUGUGCGAGGACACCUGAAGAGGCUUGGCAAAACCAAGUGGGACGCACACAAGUCUCCGAUCUGUGUUUUGAAUGAGAUGAUGCAAAAUGAAGAGAAGUAUGAAAAAAUACUAAAGGCUUUGAAUAGUCGCCGUGUUAUUCCCAGACCUUUUGUUGCUCAGAAAUUUGCAUCAAAUGAUGACUUUUUAUCUCAGAAUGUUAUACCUCUCGAAGCAUACCAUAAUGGCCUAAAGACUGAAGAUAUAUCUGUGUCUGCAUCAGAGGAAGAAGGGCUGAGUUUCCUAAAUGAAUGUGAUGAAACAAAAGCAGUACUACAUAAUGAAAAAAAAAGUCAGUCACUUACACUGAUAGAACUUCUGAAAAAUAAAAGGUUAGGAGAAGAAAGGAAUCCUGGUAUUUCUUCUCAAAAGAUUCAUAAUCAAACUGCGAGAAAGAGGUUUGUUCAGAAAUGUGUUCUUCCAUUAAAUGAAGACAGUCCAUUGAUGUAUCAGCCACAAAAAAUGGACUUGACUAUGCAGUCAGGUAUGCCUGUGAAGCUUAGAACGUGUGUGCAUUGCAAUACGACGUUUACAAGUGCUGUUAGCCUGUCCAACCACUUACGCGCUUAUGCACGAAAGAAGAGUGCUGGACUUUUGACUGGGACAGCUUUGGACUGUAAGCAAAAGAAGUCAAGGUCAAGAUCUGGAAGCAAGAAAAAAAUGCUGCCAUUACCUCAUAGUGCUGAUGAAGUUUACAUACUCAGAUGCAGGUUUUGUGGUCUGGUCUUUCGAGGACCUUUGUCUGUUCAAGAAGACUGGAUAAAGCACUUGCAGCGACACAUUGUCAACGCAAAUCUUCCACGGACUGGAGCUGGCAUGGUUGAAGUCACAUCGCUACUUAAAAAACCUGCUUCAAUUACUGAAACUUCAUUUUCUUUACUGAUGGCAGAAGCAGCAUCAUAGAACAAGAAAACAUUUUCAAUUUGAAUUGGAUGUAAAUUUGAAAUACUUUGUCAUUUUUUUAAAUAAAUUGUUACACUAAAUUAUGUUUAUAAAUCCUAAAGGCAAAAAUAGAGGAAGUGGAUUACAAUAACAUCAAAAUAAAUUGAAUACUUAACAGUUACAGUAAGUAGUCUUUAUAUUUUAUAUAGGGUGGAAGAUGUGUUUUUAAGGUUUAUUAUGUUUUUGUCAGUUACUGUGUUCACUAUCAGUACAAGACCAUUACAUGUAUGGCAGCCAUUUUUAAAUUGUUGCACAUGGGUACUUAAAAGACAGAUUUUAAUAAAACAAAGAAAACCACAUUCUCUGCAGUGUUACCCAAAUCGAGGCUCUGAUUAUUCCAAAAAAAAAAAAUUACAUAGUAAAAUAAGAUAUUAUAUUUUGUUUGUAUGUAUGUAGUGUUUUGUAUAAUAUCAAGAACUGCUAAUACAAUUUACUCAACUUUAGGGCAUUAAAUACCAUGUUACUUCAUAGUUCAAGAGACUGUUUCAUUCAAAUAGGGCAAUUAGUACUCUUCUAUCUAGGUGUGUAAGUGUUUUUUUUAAAUCACAUGAGGCUUUUUGUACUAAAAAGUGGAGGGAAACUUGUCUAAACAAAUUUCUAAGAUAAAUAUGUACAUAAUACUGGAAAUUUGUGGUAAGGAAAUAUUCUUUACUUCAGUUGCAUUUCUCACUGACAAUAAAGUGGUGCAUCCAUGCUACCUCCUACUUGUCAACAAAGAUGGUAUUUACCCUUAUGUUUUUGUAUCAUAGUAGAUUCAAUCCAACUUUCUUUAUUACAAAGCAUCUUUUUGUUAACAAGUUCGUUCUUUAUGAUGAUUUACUUAAAUUCUGACUUGCUUACAGAAGUUUGCCUCUCUACUAUUUUAUUUAACACUGUAGAAAUGUACUAAUAAGCAUUGCUCACUACACGGUUAGAGUAGACUUUUCAUUUAUAAUUCUGUUUAAAAGGUUGAUCAUUUUAGAAAAUUUGAACACAGGUUGAAAUGUUUCUACAUAUGAAGAGAAUGUUUACAACUUAAAUUUUAGAGCUUGUUUUGGAUGUGAUUAUAUGUAUGAAAACUGUAACACUAUGCUCAUGCUAAGGACCUACUUACAGAAUUACUGAAAUAAAUGUGCUGUGAGGAUGGAAAUAUGGUGAAGGUGUCUUGGUCAUGCUGAAUUGUGUUUGGUCAUUCGAACUGUCUUUGAAACAUGAUUUUUGUUUAAAUCAUAAGUCAAAUUCCUCUACAAAGCAAUUUUGUAUGCAAAUAACAUUUCAUUUUACUCAUAUAGGGUAACGAAUACUGUAGUUAAGCCAAGGAUAUGCAUUGAUAUUUUCCUUAUAUGUAAAUAAAGUUAAAAGCAGUUAAAGCAAGAGGAGUAUUUUGGUAGAGUAUAUACAUACCUCACUGCCAGUGAAAUUGCUUUCCUAUGGUAUAUCUCCUUACCAGAAAAAUCUCUAAAUAAAAAAGGUUUAAAGAAAAUCUAAAUGUCUAUAAUGUGAAGCAUUUAUUUACAUUGUGUGAAUUAAGUUUGUGAAACAGAUUUGUCUUGCUUGAGAUUAAAAUAUUCUCAUUAUCUUAAGUAAAAAUAACUUUACUUGCAAUAAAAUGACUUGUUCAGACACAUUACAUUUGGUUGGUGGAAAAUACAAAUGAUGUCUAUCUGCCUUGUAUGUGUGCAGUUAACACACAAGGUUUGUUAACAUUCUGAUAAAAUAGAUGAGAGACGAGGCCAUCCUAUAUCUGGCAAGGUUAUCAUUCAGUUAAUGCUGUCGGGUAUUUUACUGUACAAGUUCCUACUGUUAACAUAAACUUAUUGUCCAAA